AAGUUUACAGGCGACUGUCAGCUGAUUCUGAGCUGAUUUCAUUUCCGACGGCAAACUACACGAACCGACUUGCGAGAAACCGUUUUCUGCCACUGUUUAUUGUGGCAUAUAUUAGUAAUAUUAUCAUAAUAUUAUUGCUUGGCGAACAAGCAUAUAACUGGCAUUCCAAAAAUAUGGUCGUUGAAUAUUAUUUAGUCGUCAUACUGUAAUUAAAUAUUCAACGAGUAGAGCUUCAGAGUGAUCCGUAUCUUUUUUAACCGGGAUCUGUUACGUUAUACAGGCUUUUUGACAAUUCAUAAUAUUCGUUGUGAAUUUUGCACAUUGAAAUGAAAGGCAACCAGCACCUACGGAUCGGCGGGAUACUCCUUGUUGUGUCGCUAAUCUACCGGGAUGCUUACGGUGCUCCGUUACAAGCCAACCUUCCGCCAUGCAAUGAUUACUAUGCAUCGGACCCCGAUUGGCCGUUCAACGCCUGGGACCGGAUGAACGAAAGCCCUGCCGAGCGAGCAAAGAAGUGUAUAACAUCCGACGAGGCCAAACAGUUACCACAACGUGCACAGGACUCUAACUUUCAAAUCGCCUAUAUUAGCUUGCCGGGCUCCCUGCAGGGCGGAAGCGUACGACUGUAACUCAAUCAGUCUCAAUGUGCACUCGUACGUAUCAUUGUAUUAACACUUCGACGGAUCGGCUGGAUACGACUGUGCUGGAAGAAGCCGUUCUGGAAGUUUUAAUCCCACAUAGUUAUACCGGUUACUACAUUUGUGUAUGUAGAGGUACAGUGCGUAUCGGACUCUCGUAGCUCGAGAGCUACAGUGAAUGUGUACUACCGUUGUAGGUAGAAUUUUUUUGGUUAACAAGUGAUUAUUUACAAGUGAUACAUCGCUUCAAACGCACGCCUUUUGAAUAAAAUAAUGCAGUGA